CAGAGAUAGAGAGAUAUUCGUAUAGAAUCUUUGCAUAAUUGGUAGUUUAAGGUAAUGGUUGAGUUCUAUUAGUUUGAAUUUUGAUUUUGACUUGAAUGUGUUCUUUUUAUGCUUGUUUUAGAUUAGGUUUGCCAACCUCAAGUAGUUAUUACAAAACCAUACUUAUGUUUGCAAAGUGCUGCCGUGAUGGAAACUUGGCCUUUUGAUUCUGUGAACACGGAUCACCUCCUUUGGAGUCUGGGAUUCGCAUACAUCAGUUUUUGAAGGAGUUUUGAGCACCACUUUACUUGACAAGUCACCCAUAUCUAUGCCAUCCAGUAGAUGGUUAAAUGCUGAUAAAAGCCCUUUCCAGCUAACCUUUGUUAAUCAGGUGAAGCGAUGUGCAGAGAUGUCAAGAAAGCUGCGCUUUUUUAAGGAUCAAAUCAGUAAAGCUGGUCUGCUUGGGUCUAUACGUCCAGUUUCACAACCAGAUAUUGAGUUGGAGGAAUUAGAGUUUCAACUUGGUGAGCACGAACAUGAGCUAAUUGAAAUGAACUCUAAUAGUGAAAGACUUCGACAAUCAUACAAUGAGCUCCUGGAGUUCAAGAUGGUAUUACAAAAGGGGUUUUAAUCUUUCAGGGGUUUUGUUUGUGUUGGAGUUUCUGAUCGUAGUGAUCAAUUGG